CCGCGGCACUUCCUGUCGCUCCUGACGCGCGAGGCGGCGGGUGCAUGGAGACAUGUAAAGAUGGCGGAGCUGCAGAUGCUGCUGGAGGAGGAAAUUCCUGCGGGUCGCAGUGCGUUGCUGGACAGCUUCAUAAAUCUCGAAAGAGUCGCUGAAUACUGUGAAAGUAACUACGUCCAGGCUCCAGACAAACACCUUGCUCUAGAAGAAACCAAGAGUUACACCACUCAGUCCCUGGCCAGUGUUGCCUACCUGAUCAACACCCUUGCCAACAAUGUGCUCCAAAUGCUUGAUAUCCAAGCCUCCCAGCUACGCCGCAUGGAGUCUUCCAUCAACCACAUCUCUCAGACAGUGGAUAUCCAUAAAGAAAAAGUGGCACGGCGGGAGAUAGGAAUCCUCACAACCAAUAAGAACACAUCCCGUACCCAUAAAAUCAUUGCUCCAGCCAGUCCAGAAAGGCCUGUGCGGUACAUUCGCAAACCACUCGACUACAGCAUCCUGGAUGAUAUUGGCCAUGGUGUGAAGUGGUUGCUUAGGUUCAAGGUCAACACUCAGAACAUGAAGAUGGGCAGCCUGUCUCGCACUACACCUCCCACACAGAAACCACCCAGUCCUCCGAUGCCCGGCAUAGGAACGAUAGGGAGACACUCGCCCUACAGAACACUUGAACCCGUUCGUCCUCCUGUGGUACCUAAUGACUAUGUCUCAAGCCCCACACGCAAUAUGGCACCCCUACUUCAGCAGAGUCCCAUACGCACGGCAUCUGUCAAUCAGAGGAACCGCACAUACAGCAGUAGCAGCAGUGGAGGAAGUCACCCCAGCAGUCACAGCAGUAGUCGUGAAAACAGUGGAAGUGGCAGUGUGGGAGUCCCCAUCGCCGUACCCACACCCUCACCACCCAGCGCAUUCCCAGCUGCCAGUGCUGGUCUCGCCAGCACACCCUCAGCUCCAACUAACUCCACCCAGCCUUCUGUCACUUCCUCUAAUCUAACCCCCACCCAACCCUCGACUAACCCACCCGAGUCUCUCCUCACUCACCCUGUCACUACUGAAAGCUCUCUGGGUGCGGGUAAGGGCUCUCCUCCCUCCCAAACACCCCUCAGUCCAGCUUCAGAUAUUGUUGCACCAGUCACCAACACCAGCCCUGUGACAGGCAGUCAUCAGUUCUUCAGCAUGAACAGACCCGUACCCAGACAGAUAUCACCUACGGUGGGAGGAUCGCUGCCGUAUCGACGGGUGUCUUCAAUCACAGGCCAGGCCUCAAUGACCUCCAACCAGCAGAACGGAGGACCUCAUUACAGUCAGAAUCAAGCCUCAGUGGCCCCUCCUCCCCCCUCCAUACUGCAGAUCACACCCCAGCUUCCCCUGACGGGUUUUGUGGCUCGCGUACAAGAAUCCAUUUCAGAGGUUUCUCCUCCACAUCCCCCUGCAGAAGAGCAGUUUGAAGAGAAACGGCAUCCUCCUGCUCCAGAAUAUGAGGAGGAAUCUGCUGUGGUUGAAUACAGUGACCCGUAUGCUGAAGAAGACCCACCCUGGGCUCCACAGACUUAUGUGGAGAAAGUGGUGGCAAUUUACGAUUACACCCAAGACAAGGAAGAUGAGCUUUCUUUCCAGGAGGGGGCCAUCAUCUAUGUCAUUAAGAAGAAUGAUGAUGGCUGGUAUGAAGGAGUGAUGAACAGCACUACCGGACUCUUCCCUGGAAACUACGUGGAGUCCAUCAUGCACUACGCAGAGUGAGCGCGUACACCACCAUGCAGAAGAGCGCAUGUGUGCUAUUUAAACUUUUGCACCGAGGACUUUGAGAAGAAGACAUUUAUCAGAAUAUUUUAGUAAUGAAAGCUAAUAAGUUUACUGUUACUUUAAUGAAGGAUAACUUUGAAGUUCACGUUGUCUAUAAGCUAGAAUUUGAAUGGUGGUAUUGUUGGCUAUCCAUAACAUUUUCUCAUUCCACAAGGCAUUUCAUCAUUGGGGCUGACUGAUGGUUCUCUAUUUUCCAAAUGACCUAAUGGUAGGUUCAUAAGUGAGGUUCAAAAAGGGAUUUCAGUACAGUUUAUGCGGUUAGGAGUAACAGGACAAGUGUGCAGCUGAACACAAUAGGAGCAGCUUUCUAUUUAUUUCAUGUUGUGAGUUUUUAAAUCUCUCUAAAGUGUUUAGUUUUAAUAAUUGUUUGAUUUCUUAUAUAUCUUUGGUCAUCUUAUUAAAGGAAUUUGCUUUAAAGUAUAUUAAAAUAGACCAAAUGCGUACAUACAGAUAUAAUAAAUUGUGCCUGCAUUGGGCCAUGAUUAAUUCUUUUUUGGUUUUAACUCAAGACGUGGUCAGUCCCGGCACACAUGCAAUACUACACAUCUAAUAACCUCAUGAAUGUUACACUAUUCUUUUACUAUUGUGUAGUGAUGCUAACAAAAGGCCAAUUUUGUUUAAUGUAUGUGUAUGAUGUGAUACAUAGACUGCAUGCUUAAUAAAACAAACCUUAUUUAUAUCAUUUA